GGAGACGAUCAAAAACCCUAUAAUCCCGCUAUCCCCGCCCUUUCCCUCUCCGGACUCGCCCCCCUUCACCGGCCUUCCUUCGCAUCUUCCCUUUCCGAACGGGGGCUGCUGGUGAGCGCCGGACAACGGGAAGCAUACGGUGCUUCGUGGCUCGAUAGGUGGAGAUUGGGAAACCGUCGACGGUGGGCUCCUCUCUCCCACCACCCCCCAACUCAGACCUUGUUUGGCGUCCAUUCUUCUCUCUUUUCCUCUGAAUCCAGCAAGGGGGUCGUGGGAGAGAUGGAGGUGGUUAGGGCGGACGGGCGUACCCCGAAUCAACUGAGACCGCUCGCUUGUUCUCGGAAUCUGCUCCACCGAGCUCAUGGAUCGGCUCGUUGGUCCCAAGGUGAUACAAUUGUACUGGCUGCUGUUUACGGACCAAAAGCUGGAAUUAGAAAGGGCGAGAACCCUGAGAAAGCCUCUAUUGAAGUAAUUUGGAAGCCCAAAACUGGGCAGACUGGCAAAGCAGAAAAAGAGUAUGAGAUGAUCUUGAAGAGAACUUUGCAAAGCAUCUGCCUGUUGGCAGUCCAUCCAAAUACUACAACCUCUAUCAUACUUCAGGUUGUUGGUGAUGAUGGUGCUCUUCUCCCAUGUGCCAUUAAUGCAUCCUGUGCUGCACUUGUGGAUGCUGGUGUUCCUUUAAAACAUCUUGCUGUUGCAAUCUGUUGUGGUUUAACAGAGGGAGGUUAUGUAGUUUUAGAUCCAACCAAAUCAGAAGAGCAGAAAAUGCGAGCCUUUGCUUAUUUGGUGUUUCCAAAUUCCUCACAUUCUGUUCUUCCUAAAGCACCGUCAGCUGUGGAUGAGGAACCUGGAAUCAUAACAUCUGUCACCUAUGGGCUAAUGUCGGAGAGUCAUUAUAUCAACUGCCUUGGACAUGGCCAUGCUGCAUGUGCCAAGAUCUCAGAAUUUCUUAGGAAAAGCUUGCAGACACAGUUCCCAGGUGACCUUUCAAAAGGCACAUAGGCGACAAUUCUUCCCAGACCAAGAAAACUGCAACAGCUUGGAGCAUAUUUUGCUGCGUCAGCUUUAAACAUGUGGGUACAGAGCCUCAUCUGGACGGUUCUCACAGCAAGAAAACUACAAUCCUCUCAUUCAAGGUGGUUCCUGGACCAAAAUGCAGUGUUUAUAAGCUGUCUGGUCCUUGCUUCUACUGUUCAACUAAAGUAUAUGAAAAGCCAUCGACUUGUGUGCACAAUAUGCUUUUUUUGCUGCAGUAUGCACAAUAUUGUUUGCUUUGAAGUAGAAGAGAGUUCAUCGAAUGACAAUGAUGUAUUUGUUGUUGCAAUACUUGAGGUACCGAACGCUUCGGACAUCCUGGAGCCAUGGUUGAGCCUUGACCAAACCCCGGCAAUAGGGAAUGAAGUAAUUGACAUUGUCCAUUAGUUAAGCUUCAUCCGAUGAUGGUUGAAGCUAUGUAUAUCAACGUGAUUCUUCAUUAUUUCUUAUUGUUAAUGUCAUGUGGCAGCUAGAUGUUUCAAACCCUUCUA